AUGCGCACUGCACGAACUAAGCUCGGAGAACAAGAGAUCCUUGGUCCUAUCACCCCUCUGCUGCCGCACGAGCUCCCACCAUCGCCUCCCGUGUCCCCACCACCGACCACUGGGUCCAAGCGCAAGCACGACUCGCAUGACGACGCCCACAACAAGAAGCCGCGAAUCAGCGACCCAUCGACCAGCCGCCUCCCCCCAGUGCCGCCAUUCCCACACCCGCCGCGCCCGGGCCACGAGCCUUCCGAAGAUGGCGAGGUCCGCGAAGACCUCCCUGCGUUCCACACAUCCCUCGCCGCGGCGUCGAACGUGCCCGUGCGACGGCCACGGCGAUGCCCACUGCCUGUGGAGCACUUUCAAGAGCUUUAUCAUCGGUACAUGUACCACGGGCGGCUACUGAAGCACUCGAGCCAGAAACGGCUAGACUCGACGUUCCAACCCUCACAUCCUAGCUACAAGCCGCUGGCGGACCCGCCGGCUCCGGGGACGUCGUAUCAUAAGUACGGGCACCUGUUCUCACGGCUCGAGCGGGUAGAGUCGCUGCUCUGCUUCGCAUAUGCGUUCUGGGCAAAAGACAUCGCGAAGAACGAGUGGGAUCAAGAGAGCUGGGAAAGCAUGGACAACUUCAUAAGCUACGUCAAGGAGGAGUGGCAGCUUUCCAAGGUCACAGACGAACGCGAGAGAACGUUCAUCGGCCUUAUAUACAUGACACAGGCAUUCAUCGAUGGGCGUGCAGUAUCUUACUUCGCGAAGCACAACUACUCGGCUGCCGAGUCUGCGAUGCAGGUAGCGCUAGGUCAGCUGGAUCUCGAGAAUGCGCGUAACGGACGGGGGUCAGCUACUCAAGCCGUACAUCCGCCGCCGGUGACGUCAAUGCUACCGUCCCCGGCCAGCAGCGCUGGUUCGACACCAACCAGCGUGCAAGGGACGCCGAAUGCUUCGGCGAGUGGUUCAACCCCCGUCCCCUCCUCCGCUCCUGCUCCGUCGCAGGCUCCUGCCCUUGAAUCUUCCUCCAAGAAGAAAAAGCCGGAGCUAGUGCACUUCUACGAAUGGAAGAACGUGCCGGAUGCCAUGAAUACAUUGGUAAAGACGCAGUCCGUCGCGCAGCUCAGGAACCAGAGCCGGUCGUUGAAGAUGGUCGGAUACUACAUGCAAGAGGCGCAGCGGUAUCUGACGCUACCAGCGAUGGCGCGCCACUUCCCGCGGACAUUCGCGCGGAUGAUGUACAGCAGUUUGGCUCCAACGGACGAGAAGGAGCCGGAUGUCGAGGACGAGGAGGGCGAGCUCUUCUGGCCGGGGAACCCUGCUACGGGCGACGGCCUUGCAUGGGUCUGCGCCAUGGGCAAGGCGAUGGUAAAGGAAUUCGGCAAGGCGUAUGGCUACAAAGGCAUCGACGGCAUCGUCGCCGGCCUGAAUGUCCCGCCACCACCGCCGAUCAGACCGCCCAAGUCCUCUGUACCACGACGGUGA